AAGUUCCGACACUACUGUAAGUGGCUAGCAGCUAAAGCUAGAAAGGUUACCAUCAGAUCCAAACGCUUAUUUAACUUAACUAAUUAGUUAGUUGGCAUUAAUUUGACACAUUGUUUGAACAUACUGAGCAUGAAAAUGAGAGAGAAGUAGAGAUACUGCCAAGUCGUUUCAAUAAACUUCUGUCGAGCGACUACUUUUUUACCUGAGGGAAAAAUCUAUGCUGAGGCAGAGGUGGUCGUUGACCGAAGCGCUGGUCACCGCCGCCGCGUCACGACUGAGACAUCUCAUUGAGAGGUCAAAUACUCGUGUCUGUACUGCAGGGUGCGUUGCUCCUGAUGUGAUGGAUAUUAUGACACCGUAGAUCCCAACAGGUUGUCUAUUUGAGAGAUGGGCUCUGAAAACCCAGAGGACUUUGGACCCACUGUGAUCCUCGCUGAGGAAGACCAGCAAGAAAUUGGAGGCCUGAUCAACUCUGAUGGAGAAGAAGUGGAUUUCUCAGAUCUCAGAGAGAGUGCUAUCCCUGGCAUUGUACCUACAGAGCCUCCCUCCAAGACAUUUGAUCAAAGCGAGAAUGAAAAACCACCGUCUCUUCACAGCUGCUCAGUGUGUGGGAAAGACUUCCCUUACGCCUCUAAACUUCAGCGCCACCUACGUACUCACUCAGGAGAGAGGCCUUUCCCCUGCUCCAUGUGUGAGAAGAGAUUUCCAGAAAAGGGGCUGCUCAUGAUCCAUGAAAGGGUCCAUACCGGGGAAAAGCCAUUCCCAUGCACUUUCUGUGAGAAAAGAUUUGCUAGUCAGGGUGAGCUCAGGCUGCACCGGCGGACUCAUACUGGCGAGAGGCCGUAUCACUGCUCCAUCUGUCUGAAGAGCUUUUCCCGACACUGGCAUCUGAAAACUCACUUAGAGGCGAUGCACUCUGAGGUUGUUGCGGGCUUUACGAGAAAGAAGUUUCCGUGUUCGGACUGUGACAAGAGCUGUAACUCAGCAGCUGAGCUCAGAGAUCAUCAGAGGACUCACACUGGAGAGAGGCCCUACCAGUGCUCUUUCUGUGACAAAAGGUUUGCCUUGUCGGGUACACUUGUGAGACACGAGCGUCUCCAUACUGGCAUUACGCCCUACCACUGCUCCGACUGUGGGAAGACAUUUGCACAGCAGUGGACUCUGACGACACACAUGCGGACUCACACGGGAGAAAAACCGUACAGCUGCACACAGUGCGAUAAGUCUUUUGUAGCUCCAGGAGAGCUUCGGAGGCACACCAGGAUUCACACAGGAGAAAAGCCGUACACCUGCACGGACUGUGGGAGGCACUUCUCACUGGCAGGAACUCUCAGAAACCACAAAAGGUCGUGUACACAGAACAAGAAUGAAUCAGUUACAGGUGUCAUCUCAGACCCAGUUCAAGCUGCAGUCGGUGAAUCAUCCCAGCAAGACCUGGCCAACAUCAGCUCUGAGGCGUCUGACAGUCAGAGUUUGCCAAGUGCCGUUGAGCCCCAUUCCUCAGAGGGUCUUACCUGUGACAAUGCAGCUCAGUGUGAAAAUAACCUGAGAGAAUCAGAACCAGAACCAGAACCAGACCGACAGGAGGAUGUUGCUUCCAGUCCGGAUAUGAAUGUAAUAGUGAAAGAGGAGGAAGAAGAGGAACCUUUGUGUGUAGAAGAAGCUCCUAACCAGGUGUCUGAUAGUGAGGAUUGUACAAUGCCAGAGGAAACUGAAGAGCAGCAGCAGGAAAGCAACACAGAAAUUAGGAUUACAGUAAAGGAGGAAGAAGAGGAACUUGUCAACAUGUCUGAAGAGGAUCCUGAUCAUGUUGCUGACAGUGGAAAAGACAGUCCUCCAGCCUCACCAGUGCAGGAACAGUUUAACGACAAUCUGACAAAGAGCUCAUACUGCUGUGGGCUCUGUGGAAGAGACUGUCACAAGAUGUCUGCUCUUCAGAUUCACAUGCGAAUUCACUCGGGAGAGAAACCCUACCAAUGCACUCUGUGUGGGAAGCAGUUCACCCAGAAAGGUCAACUCAAAGGUCACCAGAAAGUCCACACAGGAGAGAAACCGUUCUCCUGCCCGGACUGCGGGAAGAGCUUCGCCCACUCGGGGGCCAUGAACAGACACCGGCUCACACACACAGGAGAGCGGCCCUACCACUGCUCUGUGUGCGACAGGAGCUUCAACCAGUCCGGCCGCUUGAGGGAACAUGAGAAAAUCCACUUUGGGGAGAAGUUUGACUGUCCCGAGUGUGACAAGAGUUUUACACGAGCUUCUAGCCUCAAGAACCAUUUCAGACUUCACACAGGAGAGAGGCCGUACAGCUGCGACAUCUGCGGGAGAGGCUUCAGCCGCUCACAAAGCCUGAGGCUCCACAGACGGAAACAUGAGCCGAUUCAGACUAAGGAGGAGUCUGCAUUCAGUGUGAACAACGAUGAUUUAUCACAGAGUGAUGAUAACUCUCCAAUUAAUAUGUGUAUAACAGAAAAAAAUGACUGAUAAUGUAUUUAUAUAAACCAUAGAGAUAUGUACCAGUAGUAGUAUUACAAUACAAGAUUUUAGGCAGUAAAACAUGAACUGAAAGAGGGGAAAGUAAGGGACUACCUCUGUGAAUAGACCGUCAUUAAACCUUUAUGUGGUGGUUCACAAAAAGUAUUCAAGCUAAAAUAUUUAACUCCCAGAAUGGUGCAGAAAAAUUAAUAAACGGACACACGUCAGGUGAUGUUCAGCAGCUAACAACACAAUUUCACACAAAACAUAUUUACUACAAACACAACUUUCGUAAAAAUCUUGGAAGCUGUUUAGAUGAUAAAUUUUAGAGGUUAUAUUUACUCGUGUUUAUCACUUUUACCCAUGUUAGUUGCAUCAAAAUAUCGCACACAUUAGUAUUUAUGGUAGUACAAAUGACUAAUUUAUGGUCUGUGAUUUAACUUUUUCCAUGCAGUAUUUGUCAUUCAAACUAAUUGUGUAUGUGGAAAUUGGAUUGAAGGGUAAUUAUGUCUUUGUAUCAGACAUUAUGAUGGCCAACGAGCAGUCUAGGGAUUAGGUGAAACUGUAAUUCAUUCAUUGGGUAUGAGCUGCUGAAAUGUCAGAAAAAUUUAGCUAGUAAUGAAGCGAUAGGAUCAUGAUAUUCAUCAGGUUUUUUGCCAAAACCAUUUUGCCUUAGUGUUGAUUAAUUCUUAUCUCUGUUUUGUACAGCAGCCAACCAAAUCAUGAAUCGGGUUCACCUGGUUUAGACACCUCUUAAAGGCCAAGUAACCAUUGUGAAUAAAGGAAUCAUCCUCUAAUGCUGUGAUACAAAAGGCAAUAAUUUGAAGCCAUGUAGAUGGUAAAUUUUGCCCAGUGCUGCCUCUGUCUAAUUGUAUGAGACAUGUUAUACUGAACAAUAAAAGUAAAAGUACUAAAGACUA